UCCAGUACGGCUCAUCGUCCGCCGCGCAAUACACCACUACACAGUGCCGCCGCCGCGCCGUCUAACAUGUAGAGGCCAGGUCAAGGUUCGGAGACACGAGGGCACCCGACAUCAAGUAGCUGAUAGCGUGACAUGGCUAGGAUGAGGCUAUCAACGUUGUCUUUAUCGCUGUUAGUAGCCGUCGCGACGCAGCCCCAACCGAGCACCCCGCGAACACUUCAUAGCAACGAUCACAACCACGGCUUCCUCAACGAGCACAAACAUGGCCACGCACACGCCUACAAGUCGCACGACCGCUCGCACAACACGCACGCCCAGUUUGCGGACGCGACCGGCUCAGCCAGCACCCCCAGUGGAGGUACGACCAAGCACGGAGACCCGCUUAUCGUAGAGACGACGAGCGGAUUGGUCCGCGGACUCAGUAAAACCGUCCUCGGCCGAGAAGUACACAUCUUCACCGGUAUACCGUUCGCCAAACCUCCUAUCGGGCCGUUGAGGUUUCGCAGACCUGUUCCCGUGGACCCGUGGCACGGAGUCUACGACGCCACCUCCUUGUCCAACUCAUGCUAUCAGGAGAGGUACGAGUACUUCCCCGGGUUCGAGGGUGAGGAGAUGUGGAACCCGAAUACUAACAUCAGUGAGGACUGUCUCUACCUCAACAUCUGGGUACCGCAGCGGCUGAGGAUCAGGCACAAGAGCUCCUCUGAGGAGAACACCUACAGACCGAAGGUCCCGGUACUGAUUUGGAUCUAUGGCGGCGGCUACAUGUCGGGCACUGCCACUCUGGACAUCUACGACGCAGACAUGGUCGCUGCGACCAGCGAUGUGAUCGUGGCGUCCAUGCAAUAUCGCGUGGGAGCCUUCGGGUUCCUCUACCUGAGCCCAGAACUGCCCACAGGCAGCGAGGAGGCCCCUGGCAACCUGGGGUUGUGGGACCAGGCCCUGGCCAUUCAGUGGAUAAAGGCGAACAUCGCCAACUUUGGCGGCGACCCAGAACUCUGCACGCUCUUCGGAGAAUCCGCUGGCGGAGGAUCCGUGAGCUUACAUCUCGUAUCCCCGGUCACCCGAGGGUUGGUCAGACGAGGGAUCAUGCAGUCAGGGACACUAAACGCCCCUUGGAGCUUCAUGACGGGAGAGAGGGCAGUCGAGAUAGCCAAGACACUCAUCGAUGACUGCGGUUGCAAUGCGUCCAUGCUGGUCGAAAGUCCUUCUAGGGUAAUGUCUUGUAUGAGAGCUGUGGACGCCAAGACCAUAUCAGUCCAACAAUGGAACUCAUACUUCGGCAUCCUAGGGUUCCCCUCAGCCCCUACCAUUGACGGCGUGUUCCUUCCAAAACAUCCACUCGAUCUUCUGAAGGAGGGCGAUUUCCAGGACACAGAAAUCCUCAUCGGCAGCAACCAGGACGAGGGUACAUACUUCAUUUUGUACGACUUUAUUGACUAUUUUGAGAAGGAUGGGCCAAGUUUCCUACAAAGAGACAAGUUUCUUGACAUAAUCAACACGAUAUUCAAGAACUUCUCCAGGCUUGAGCGGGACGCUAUUAUAUUCCAGUACACGGACUGGGAGCACGCCAACGAUGGUUACCUCAACCAGAAGAUGAUUGGCGAUGUUGUUGGGGACUACUUCUUCAUUUGUCCGACUAACUUGUUCGCCCAGGCUUUCGCAGAUCAUGGGCUCAAAGUGUACUACUACUUUUUUACUCAGAGAACGAGUACCAGCCUUUGGGGUGAGUGGAUGGGUGUAAUGCACGGUGACGAGAUAGAGUACGUGUUUGGCCAUCCUCUCAAUAUGUCUCUGCAAUACAACGCCCGUGAGAGAGAUCUCAGUCUACGCAUCAUGCAAGCCUACUCUAGGUUCGCUCUGACCGGGAAACCAGUAUCAGAUGACAUAAACUGGCCGAUAUACUCCAGAGACCAGCCUCAGUACUACAUCUUCAAUGCUGAGAAAAGUGGCAUAGGCAAGGGUCCUAGAGCAACUGCUUGCGCCUUCUGGAAUGAUUUUCUUCCCAGGCUCAAAGGACAGUCAGACCCAGAGUGCCUGGCUGAUCUCCCAGAAGCGCAGACUAGCAGUCCCUGGGUAGACAAGGUCAAGGACAACUCUACAUCAACGACGUACAAGUCGUCUGUCAUCACCAUGCUGGGGCUGCUGUUGCUGACAAUAUAAGAAGCCAGCUGUUUAACACCUGUUCCACAACACUAGCCUAGCGACUGCCGGCGGGCCAGGGCUUAGCCGCCGCCGACAAUGCUACUAAAUUCGUACUCGAUAGCACUUUUGUACUGUUACGUUUUAUUUCACUUUAUUUUAGAAUGCAAGGCCCAAAAGGACCGUGUAAAAAUGUACUCGUAUGAUUUAGGCCUAAUUAGAGUAACGACUUAUUUUAUCGAGACUUAGGAGAGAUUACUGUUAUAGUUACCGUACUGUUAAGUAAGGUGACGAUUCAGUCGAAGCAUAUCAUAUACGAAUAUAUAUUAUAUAAUAUCGGUUUUUGUAAAUAGUACUCUACUCGAAGUCGGGUAGAGAUACGAUACAUAUCGAAUACAUAUCAAAAAUGUAAAUUAUAUUUGUAUCGAUUUAGAAGUAUAAGUGCGUAGAAAAACGGAUGUUCGGUUAGAACGAGACAUCGGGUGAAUUCUAGAUCGGUCAAGUACUCUCGGAGGUCGGAUUACAGCUUUCGUGUGCUUUGUUCAGGAGAGUGCGAAGGACGAAGUGACCUCGUGUCCGACUACAUGCGUCAUGCCAUCAUGCCAGCACAUUACAUGGCGCCCACAUCCCUGUAAAGUUAUCGCAUAUUUUAGGAACUUUUACAAGUACCUUUCUCCCAAGACCGCCAUUUUAUACGCAUCUUAUAUACAGUAACUGACAACUGUACAAUAUUGUGAAUAGAUCGACUUGUUAUAUAGCCAUAUUUAUAUUAUAUAUUUCUACGCUACUUUUAUCUACGUAAGGUAAUGAAACAAGGUAUCUAGUAAAGUAGGGAUCACUUCGGGACAAUCUGACUGCGAUUUUCGAGGCAGGCUGAACGUUAAAUAUUCGAUGAUACAGUUCACUGUUUAACUGUCGCGGGUUUACGGACCGACGGGGAGCGAAGACCAGAACGAGACCAGCCCCCUCAGCGUCGUCUUCCUCGUCGGGGCUAGCCUAACGACUUGCAGACUUACGAUGGAAACAUUUUCAGAGAGUUUCGAUGCUUUGUGUUUGCGUAAACACGACUUUACUUUUCCUCUGUAAUCUUAAAAACAAUCAGUGCGAACGUUAAUUUUGACGUUUAAUGUCUAUUACAGUCGGUAAUGGUAAAUAGUAGUGGUGUUCAUUUACGGAAUUACAAAUAAAAACAGUUCUUCUAAAGAAUCUUCAUAACGUGGUCUGUAAAAUUUCUUUGUAGUUGAUUUUAUGUAUAAACUGUAAAAGAAUCUUGAUGGAAACUUGUACCCAAAUGCUAAAGUUUUUUUUUUUUUUUUUUAUUGAAGACAAACUAGUAAUAGUUGUCUACUGUAGAGUGAGUGAACGCCACCUUAGCCGCCCCACUCGCCAUGUCGCACAUGAGUGUUAGAGUUAUAGUAGUGCUCAAUAUAUGUACCUUCACACAAAGUGCGUCUGUUUAGUAUAAGUCUAAGACCGGUUCACCCACAAAUAGCUUUCACUUUGCGAAUGUCCGGGGUACUGAUAGCUUUAGGAACAUGUCUUUGUAAUAAGAGAGGACUAAAUUUUAAAUUCGAAUGUUGUAUUUUGUAAAUAUAAAUGCGAAAAAUCGUCGAUAAUUAGAGACUAUCUUUAACUCAUUAAUCAGUUGUAACGAGUACAUAUCAUUAGAUUAGUUGUAUGAUUUAGGUUAGUAAAUCAAAGGGAGUACGUUUUGAUAUAUGGAAGUAAAAUUUCUCGUCUAGUUACACUGAAAAAGUAACAAUAGGGGUUAUUUUUUAUAUUUCAUUAAUGUAUGUAUUAUUGUUGCUAUCUCGGCGUCAAAUAUAUAUAUUUGUUUUUGUAAUAUUGUAUAUCAAAGAAAUGUAGUUUUUAUUCCCUUGUCACAUUACAUACUAUAUCAGUGCUGAAGACGAGAGCUUGUAGUAGUUUUAUUUCAGAGAUGUAAGUUUACUGUGCCUCAUACCGAUCACUUCGGUCGCAACGCUGAUCUCAGACGCUUAUGCGUCUACCUCGUACCAUAUCACGUUAGUAGAACUAAUGCCUUCACCUUACCACUUAAACCAAUCGCAGUAUACUCGUACCUUCCGGUGUAGCCAUUUCAUUUACUUACGUCUCUGUGGUCUGAUUUUAUAUUUGUAUAAUUUUUAUUAAUGUGAAGCACUACUGGAAUUGCCUUUAUAGAUUACAAGUCCGCUUUUUACAUCAAGAACAUGAUAAUAUCGUAUUGUGGUUUUAAGAAAAUAUAUUAUGGUAUCGUAAAAUUAAUGAUUUACUCCGAUUACUUUUUAUUUUAAAAAUAGUAAAAGCGAUUAACGGAAGGGAUUUUACAAAUUCAAAAGUUAUCUUUAAGUGAUAUGAAAAUUUAGUAAUUAAGAAAGGCGUAUUUGAAAGUACAUUUAGUACUACUAGGCGUCCCAAAAUAUCAUAAAUCUUGGAAAUGUUUAUCUUUCAAACCCCGAGCGCGCUACAACGUGAGAUUCGCCUUUCAUACAGCAGUUCCUGGAGUGAACCACCGCUACGCCACUUGAACACAGAAGUCGCUCAAGAGAGCAUUUGUGGAUGUAACUUGACACAUAUCAAACAUAGGCCUAAAGCUUGUGUAUAAGUGUUGUAAAAAUGUACUGUUACGAUGUCCCUUGUGUCGUAUGUGUAAUUCUAAGAAGUAGCUGCGACAGUGUCCACCAACUCUCUGUGGCCCUAGCCCCCAAUCUGCAGUUGAAAAACAACUUCCAUGUACAAGUAAACAUACGCUUCUUAAUCUAAGUGUACCAAAAGCAAUUUGUUUUGAAACCACCCGAAAUAAAGGUUUCGAUUUCAACUAACGAUUGAGGGCCAAAGAUGUUGUCGCUUGCUUACUAGAGAUAUCUCCCAGAUUUGCAGUUAACCGAACUAAGUUGGAAAAAAUCAACAGUAGUCAUAGAAAAUGUUGGAAAACAAUUCAAAUCAGUUGACUAUUAUUAAAACUUGUAUAACCACUAAAAGACAAAAUUAUUUAUAUACUUGCAGCUUGAAAUUUCACUUUAUUAUUUAUUAUAUCUUAAAAAUGAAUGAUAACCAUGA